GAAGAGAGUAGGGAAGGAAAAAGCUGUGAAUAGCAGAAAUAACAGAAAAAGCGAACUAUAAAUUUACAUAUAAAAACCACAUUAAGCAUUAGAAAAUAAUAGAAAGAAUUAGAUAAUUAUUAAAAAACAUAUCUUUAGAAGCCGUAUAUAAUAUAUACAGCACAGUUAUUUAUUUAAAGUUUGGGUUAUGCACACACGCAUACUAACGUUAUUUUGAAUUAUUUCGCGUUAAAUUCAAAGAAACAUAAUCCGGCUUCAAAUUUUUAUUCUGCUAUAUGCGAGUACUUACAGAGAACGAUGACAAAUAUAAAUACAAUGUAUGGGACAAAGUAGAAAUACCAAAGGAGUACAAAGAAGAAGCACUGCAGAAAAUAGAGAAAGAUAAUCUAAAGGACUUUCAAAACUAUGAGAUAACAUAUGAGCCAUGGGAUAUAUUUUACAAGCGGUAUAAUAGGACAUUUUUUAAAGAAAGACAGUGGAUAAGUAAAGAGUACCCAGAGUUGUUAGUACACACAAAUAGAAUACUAGAGCUAGGAUGUGGUACUGGAAGUACUCUUAUUCCAAUAAUAAAAGAGAGAAUUGAUCACAAAAACGACUAUCUCCAGGAAGAUAAAGAGAUGGGCAAUGGGUGCGCUGUAGAAGAAAGAGAAAGCACAAAAGAAGAAAUAAUAUUAAGUGACAAAGAUAUAUCUAAGUGCCAAAACAUUUUUGGUGUAGACUAUUCGGCCACUGCGGUUCAGCUACUGCAGGAGAGGGUUCCUCAGCUAAAAUCGCAGUUUGCUCCGAGUGAUAUUACUCAGCUAAAAGAUGUAAUGAUAGAAGAUCAGAUAAUUAAUAGAAUAGAUAUUAUUCUUCUUAUAUACACAUUAUCCGCAAUUCAUCCAUCAUCAUAUCCCUCUAUUUUCGCUUUAAUGCAUAAAACAUUAUCUCCAGGUGGGAUUGUCAUAUUUAAAGACUAUUACGAGAUGGAUUUGACUCAGCUACGGUUUAAAGAAAACCAAGUGCUAUCAAAAAACUUCUAUCAAAGAGGAGACAACACAUAUGUCUACUACUUCAGUAGAAAAGAGAUUGAAUCGCAAAUAUCCAAUCUGUUUAGAGUAGUCAAAUACACUGAAGAUACAAAGCUUGUGGUAAACCGAAAAAAACAAAAAGAAAUGUAUCGGUGCUUUGUUGAGAUAAAGCUAGAAAAAAUAUAAGAUUGCAAUGAAGACUCUACAUAUAAACCUCAAACAACCACCAUUUAUUGCCAAAGCCGGCAAACAUUAGAAUAUACGAUAGGUAUCUUUUAUCGUUAAAACGCCUAUAAGUAUUAUGUUAAUUAUAUAUAUUGGUUCUUAGCGAUGAUAUUACUUCUUUUGGUGCAAUAGAACAGUUAGUGUGAUAGUAAUCUAUGUGUAUGCAUCAUUUUUUCUAUGCGCAUGUGUGCAGGAAUCAUAAAUCACGGGGGCAGAAACUAUAUAAGAGUUUCUGGAAUGUAAUAAAUACGAAAUUUAGUUAUGAAAUCUAGUAAUGCACAUUCAAAAAGAGAAGACAAAAAUCAACUAGAGGCAGAUAUAGAUAUUACUUCCAAAUCGCAGAGAGAAAAACAAGAAGAGAAUUACAAUGGAUGCGACCCUGGUGGACUGGUGUGCUACAAUGAUUGGGCAGACUGCACUACCGAUAGCUUGGUGAUCCAAAUACAUAACACUGGAGUUUAAAUUAGAAGAUUCAUGUACCCGGCUAAUUUUUUGGAGAUAUGGCGGCUAGGCAGAGAAGACAGAGAUGAUGCAAACCGCUAUCUAUUGGAAGAAUGCGGCAGACUGGACAAACAACUAGCCAUUAUCCGGAGCUUUAAGAACCAAGACCACAGAAAAGUAAAUCUAAACCAUAGGAGAAGUAAAAGGAAAUAUCCAUAUAAAAUAGAAUAACUAUAUGUUAUUGCUGGUUUGCCAAUACAGCCAAAACAAACACUGCACGAGUUUUCUUGAUAGCACAAUACUCAAAGUAAAUUAUAUUUAUUCGUCUGUAAUAAAAUAAUGUUU